AUGUCAUUAUUUUCGAUACUUGUGCCCAUUAUUCGAUCAGUUUUUUCUCGAUGGACAGCUCUACAAUUAGCUGUCAGUCAUUCAAUGGGUGGUCCGGAAAGUGAAGCUAAAUAUGAAGCAUUCAUUGAAGCAUUUGGUCAACAUCUUAUACGAAAUAUCCGACCAUCAUUAUCAGUAUCUUCUAUGGAACAAGAUAUUCAAGAAUAUCUUGAUGAAAUUCUUGAUGAAGAAUUUAAUACAGUUUUAGAUGAUGGUUCAAGUACUGAAUUAUCUCAAGUAUUCGUUCGUUAUAUUCAAUUAAUACAACAAGGUAAAUUAGCUGAUGUUCAACAAGAACUACAAUUACAACAUUCAAUAACACCAGCUAUGCAAAUGUCUGUUAGAAAUAAAACUGAAGAUGAUGGUUCAUCAUCAUCAUCAGACGAUAAUGAUGAUGGAGAUGACGAUGAUAUGAAAGAAGAACAGUCAACUAAUGAACCGAAAUCACAAGCAAUGGAUGUUGAUGAAGACGGUUGGACAACUGUACAUCGACGUAGUGGAGGAAAAAAAUGA